AUGGCCACGAAAAUGACCUACUUCCGCAUAACCCUCAUGCGCUCCGCCAUCGGUCUCCCACUCCGCCAAAACAUGGUCCUCCACGCCCUCGGCCUCAAAAAGCGAAUGGCAACAGUCUUCUACCCGGUCUCACGAGACGUAGCCGGUCAAAUCAUGAAAGUGAAAGAAUUGGUCGAUGUGCAAGAAGUCGAUGAACCGCUUACGAAGGCGCAGGUUCAUCUGCGACGGAAACCGGAUCCGGGAUAUUAUGUUGAGAGAAGGGCGGAGGAAGAUUUUGAAGAGAGGAGGUUCUCAUAUGGUCGACUUGGUUCGGUAAGGAAAUCUAUAUCGAGAGGAUCUACUACAGGGGAGAUUUUCAGACGCUCGAAUAUGGAAGCACCUCACCGACUCGAGGCUAUCGACUGA